AUGCCGGCCACCACGGGUCUGUCGCGGCGUCGAGAAGGCGCGUCUGCAGAGGCGCGUCGAGCGCGUACCUCGCUAGAGCGCUGUCGAACAGGCCGCGAGCGCCCCGACCUGGUCAAGCGAACGCCAGACGAGGACGGUAAGAGUGAAAACGCGGAUACCUCACCACAGGCAGCUGUACCUGGCGCCGAAGCGAUAAAACCUGCGACGCUGCUCCCAAGCCAGGCUUCUAAAACGGAAGGGCAUAUGCGUACCUGUUUGGUGCGCACUGAAGGGGUCCAGGCUCCCAUCGUUGUUGCGUAUACUUGCAACACAAAGAAGCAGAAGCCUUUUUUCGACGUUCUUCAACAGCUUGCAUUAUGUGAGGAAGAACGCUUUCAAACAUCAGCGGAGGCAAACGCGAAUACUGAGUAUCAAAGAGCUUUUCUGAGACCUAUUCUCCUGGUGGAGAUGGAUCUCGAAGAAGGUCCGUAUGCCCUCGAAAACAAUCAAAAGAAACAGCGAGAACCCCUUGCUUAUUGUCCAGAAUGUUGGGAUAUGGUGAUCCACAAACGUACCGAUGAUAUGGUAAUGGCGCAACGAGGCGACAAGAACGCACAGCGGAGGCUGGCAGCGCUCGAACGUAGCUUCAAAGCGUUCGCAGUACAGAAGCGCAUUCGUGGUCGAAGACCAGUUAUUGUCGACCCUGUGGACGCUGUUUGGACGUUGACGGAUCGCACGCUAUUUAGCAGUGUUUUGGACCAUUUGCUCGCAUCAGAGCAGGCCGCUGAUGAGCAUGGGACGCUUGCUGGUGCCAGCGGUAUUCUAGACGGUCACAGCUCUGUGAUUCGCCUAACAAAAUGGUGUGCGGGUUCCGCGGACCGUGGUGCACGGACGUUUUCCAGAGCAGCUAGUGAAGCGUUCACCCGACAACAGCGUACGACGCUGAAUGCUAGGUUUGGCAACGGCGGAGCCGCGGGGCCUGCUGGCUGUGAGCAGGGCCCUGUAUCGGGCGGCCUGACUGAUCCCGCAACAAAUCCUUGUCCUGAGACAGCGUCGAGACGUGAUGCGGAUCUUGAUAUAGAGGGUUCGUUCUACGAAACGAAAUGGGGAACCAUCGAAUUCCAGCGUGCGAUACCCUGGCUACAGGCCUGCCGACUAGCGAAGAUGCAUUUUCCACUUGUAGUGAAACGGCGAACUGCAUGUGGACCGCGUUCCUCCCAUGACAUUGCUUUGGUCUAUGAUGAGGAUGGUCUCGAGAGGCUUCUCACCUCAGAGCCUGCUUCCCGACACCAUCGAGACUCGAAUGCGAGCAGGCUCUUUGCUGGUGAUGAGGUGUACCUCCAGGAGUACGUCCCGCACGGUGAGGCUGUCUUUAAGAUUUACGUGCUUGGCAGUGACAAACAGGUGUCUAUUCAUGCGCGAAGCACGUUGCCAAUUCCACGAGGCACCGAUCGAGGUUAUAGAAUCCUGAACACAUACGACUUUGGAAAGUGUGCUGUCUCCGAGCCGCAAAUUCGAGCCACGGACCGCAUCGCCACUGACGGUGGGUAUCCCGAGCCACCGACGCCGGCUGACGCUGCCUGCCUCGUACGACUCGUCAUGCAGAAUUUGCAUGUGACACUUUUUGGGCUCGAUGUUCUUCGAAGUGUUGUUGACGGUGCGUUGUAUGUUGUGGAUUUGAAUUAUUUCCCGUCGUUCAAGGAUGUUCCCGAUGCCCACCACGGGCUUUUGACGUAUCUCCGUGAGCUCUACCUGAAUAGCACAGGGUAG